AUGACAAAAUUCAAGCAAUGCCACUGCUCUGUAUAUAAUUCAAAUUCUUAAAUCAAACUUCACCUUGAAUGUAACUCUCAGUGUGAAUGCUGAGCGUGUUUGUGAGCAGACUUUGAACAAAGAGCCCUGCUGGCUGGUUAGAAGGCUGGGUCUGCUCUCCAGACUGCAAACGGUUUUUUAGAUACAGACGGGACCGUUGGACACAAGGCAGCUGGCUCGUAGUGGUUUCAGUCCAGGCUGGAAACGUCAGAUGCACCCCAGUGUUUGGUCACCGGUUAUUUCAGAGACUGUGAUCCUCCCGGCGUCCUGACGUCAAUUUAUAAGGACCUCGCAGUGCCGGGGCGGCAAGCAGAUAACAAGAGCUGAGGGGAAAGAAAGAGAGGGAAGACCAUGUUGGUGUGAUAUUCUUCAUAUAUCGCUGAGCUUUCUGUAACUGACCCACGGCCUGACGAGGGGGGUCCCAAUCCCGACAGUGUGCAGCUAUGGGGAAGGACUACUACAAGACCCUGGGCAUCCCUAAGGUCUCCAACGAGGAGGAGAUCAAGAAGGCCUACCGGCGCAUGGCCCUGCGCUUCCACCCUGACAAGAACAAGGAUGCCAAUGCAGAGGAGAAGUUUAAGGAGAUCGCAGAGGCCUACGAGGUACUCAGCGACCCCAAGAAGAGGGUUGUCUAUGAUCAGCUAGGAGAGGAAGGUUUGAGGACAGGUGGUAACAGCUCCUCAGGUGCUCCUGGCAGCUCGACGUACCACUACACCUUCCACGGAGACCCCCACGCCACCUUUGCCUCCUUCUUUGGCGGCUCCAACCCCUUUGACAUGUUUUUUGGCUCCAACCGCAGCCACAGCCGCUCCAACGGUUUCUCCUUCCACAACGACCACGAUGCAGAUCAGGAGAUAGACGUGGAUGAGGAUGACCCCUUCGCUCAUAUCGGGAGACAGUUCGGCUUUCCGGGGGGAGUGAACAACGGCUUCCCAGGGGAAGGCCGCAGGAGGAGGGGGGUGCACUCGGAGCGCCUGGGGACAGGGCGAAAGCACCAGGACCCUCCGGUGGUCCACGAGCUGAAGGUCUCGCUGGAAGAGAUCUUCCACGGCUGCACCAAGCGCAUGAAGAUCACCCGCCGCAGGCUGAACCCGGAUGGUCGAAGCAUGAGGACAGAGGACAAGAUCCUCAACAUUAUCAUCAAGAAGGGCUGGAAGGAGGGCACCAAGAUCACCUUCCCGAAGGAGGGGGACGAGACCCCUGAGAACAUUCCUGCCGACAUAGCCUUUGUGCUUAAAGACAAAGGACAUGUCCACUUCAAGAGAGACGGUUCCAAUAUCAUUUUUAAAUGCAAGAUCAGUCUAAAAGAGGCGUUGUGUGGCUGCACAGUUAGCAUUCCCACGCUGGAAAACCGCAUCAUCUCGCUCCCGUGUCACGACAUCAUCAAGCCAGGGACGGUGAAGCGACUCAGAGGGGAAGGCCUGCCUUUCCCCAAGAACCCGUCACAGCGCGGUGACCUUAUCGUGGAGUUUUCUGUCCGUUUUCCCGACAGGAUUCCGCCUCAGUCCAGAGAGAUUAUCAGACAACAUCUCCCCCAGUCAUAGGAAUAGUCACCUUCAACCCCUCCACCACCACACACUCCAGACUGAAUGGCACAAACUCAGAAAGCCCACCCUUAAUACUCCAAUUCUGACCCUCAUUGUAGUUUCCCUUCCUGUUUCCUGUCCCAAAGUCCUGAGUUAACGCACGCAGCAUCGAACAGACGCUGUUGUUUGUAUGGACUUCACAGUGGGAAGAUGAAGGAAGAGUGCCAAGACGAGUGGCAGAAUCAGGAUGUAAUUAUUUGUGUUUGUUUUAUUUUUUGGCCAAAGUGCGCACACACACACACACACACACACACACACACACACACACACACACACACACACCCGAGCAACAGAGCGGUGCUGAGGAUGGGCUCGGCCCAAUCGUGGCUUUUAAUGGUCUUUUCUUAACUCUGUUUUUUACGGAUUUAUCAGUGGGUUUUAUAUGCUAUCCAACUCUCUGAUCCUCGUCUUUUUGUGAUAGGAUGAAGCGUGAGACCUUUUUUUUAAAAGAAACUUUUUUUCCAGGAUUUAUUUUUACCUUGAGUGUACCAGCAGCUUCAGUGUGUUCAGUGCAAACCAGGGUUUUAACAUAACCCCCCUCCCCACCCCCACACACCUGCCACCUUCUUUUCUCAUGCUUUCAGUCUGAUAAAGCAUAGUGCUAGAAGUCUAUAGGCUAUUUAGUAAGACCUGUCACUCAGUUGUAUUCUGAUGCGUGUAACGUCACAGCGCACUUAUAGUCCUGCGUUACUCCGAAUAAUAUUAGCUUUUCUCAGCUGCAUUGGAAAAUGUGGGAAUGACAAUCAUGUACAAUAACAGCAGUGUAAGCUUGGAUAAUACAAUCUGCACAUGAUAUGGGUGCUUUCCCUUCUGAACUGCAUAGCCUGGCUCGCUAUCUGAGGGACAUUUAGGUGCCUUAGCCUGGUGUCAUACCGCAUUUGAGAACACACACACACACACGCAGGUCGCACUGUAAUAAACACAAUCAGCCAUGUUAAGUGCACAACAGACGAUGCCCUAUGCUGUGUUAGACAUCGCCAUUGGGAGCUGGUGAUCUUGUGAACACAGUAAGUAAGCAACGUAAUGUCAAUCACCAUAUUAUGCUGUAUGUGAGCAAAGACAUUUUUAGGAGAGAUUUGAUACAAAAUUGCUGAAAUUUGCCAGUGCAUCCCUGUAAAGUGCCAUACAAGUACAGGUUGGAUUUCCCAGAGGAAUGAAUCUGAAGUCCAUAGUAAAUAGUCGAGAUUUCUCUGGGAAACAAAGCAUUGUUGUGUAUAUUCUGCUUUCUCCUGUGCUAUUUUGAAGGCCAUGUCUCGGUGCUACUGUGAGCAGUGCCAAAAUAGACCAAUUGGUUUCAGUUUGUGAUUUGAUAACUGCUUCCGUCCUCUGUAACAUGUGUACAUCAAAUCUGUUUUUUCAAGUAGAAAACCCUGUUUAGGAAACAGGUUUUGUAACAUGGCAGCAGCCGUUCUCUGUCUCAGCUGCAGGGGGCUCUGAAAGCUCUCUUCAGCUCUUCUUACUGUAGUUUACAGCAAUGAUAAGAUGUAUGUGUGAGUAUGGUUUAUGCAGGCAGCAGUAGUAGGUCAUAUAUUGACGUCAAUGGGGAAAUGUUUGAAUGCAACAUGUUGAUAAAUGCACUUUUAUUUCAUAAAAGAUAGUGACGAAACUCUGAGACGAUGGCAGAGACUUGAAUGACUCGUCCGAGUGUGUGAGCGUCCUGCCUCUCAGAGCCUCCGGGGACACUGGGCUGUGGCGACAAACAGAAAGCACAAGUGCUGCUGCUGAAAGACUGUCACUGCUUAUGUGCAUUUGACAAUAUUUAUGAUCUUUUCAAAAUGGCAACAAAUAAACCAAAUGUGUGAACUUAA